AAUCUGUAUCUCCUGGACACGGGGGUCACGCCCCCUGGCACACCAGGACACGGGGGUCACGCCCCCUGGCACACCAGGACACGGGGGUCACGCCCCCUGGCACACCAGGACACGGGGGUCACGCCCCCUGGCACACCAGGACACGGGGGUCACGCCCCCUGGCACACCAGGACACGGGGGUCACGCCCCCUGGCACACCAGGACACGGGGGUCACGCCCCCUGGCACACCAGGACACGGGUCACGCCCCCUGGCACACCAGGACACGGGGUCACGCCCCCUGGCACACCAGGACACGGGGGUCACGCCCCCUGGCACACCAGGACACGGGGGUCACGCCCCCUGGCACACCAGGACACGGGGGUCACGCCCCCUGGCACACCAGGACACGGGGGUCACGCCCCCUGGCACACCAGGACACGGGGGUCACGCCCCCUGGCACACCAGGACACGGGGGUCACGCCCCCUGGCACACCAGGACACGGGGGUCACGCCCCCUGGCACACCAGGACACGGGUCACGCCCCCUGGCACACCAGGACACGGGGGUCACGCCCCCUGGCACACCAGGACACGGGGGUCACGCCCCCUGGCACACCAGGACACGGGGUCACGCCCCCUGGCACACCAGGACACGGGGGUCACGCCCCCUGGCACAUCAGGACACGGGGUCACGCCCCCUGGCACACCAGGACACGGGGGUCACGCCCCCUGGCACAUCAGGACACGGGGGUCACGCUCCCUGGCACACCAGGACACGGGGGUCACGCCCCCUGGCACAUCAGGACACGGGGUCACGUCCCCUGGCACAUCAGGACACGGGGGCACGCCCCUGGCACAUCAGGACACGGGGGUCACGCCCCCUGGCUCACCAGGACACGGGGUCACGCCCCUGGCUCACCAGGACACGGGGGUCACGCCCCCUGGCACAUCAGGACACGGGGGCACGCCUCCUGGCACAUCACGACACGGGGGGUCACGCCCCCUGGCACAUCAGGACACGGGGGGUCACGCCCCCUGGCACACCAGGACACGGGGGGUCACGCCCCCUGGCACACCAGGACACGGGGUCACGCCCCCUGGCACACCAGGACACGGGGUCACGCCCCCUGGCACACCAGGACACGGGGGUCACGCCCCCUGGCACAUCAGGACACGGGGGCACGCCUCCUGGCACAUCACGACACGGGGGGUCACGCCCCCUGGCACAUCAGGACACGGGGGGUCACGCCCCCUGGCACAUCAGGACACGGGGGCACGCCCCUGGCACAUCAGGACACGGGGGUCACGCCCCCUGGCUCACCAGGACACGGGGUCACGCCCCUGGCACACCAGGACACGGGGUCACGCCCCCUGGCACAUCAGGACACGGGGGUCACGCCCCCUGGCACAUCAAGACACGGGGGUCACGCCCCCUGGCACAUCACGACACGGGGGUCACGCCCCCUGGCAUAGGCCUAUAUACAUUGAUUACAA